UCCAGUCAGCCUGUGACCACGGCCGGUGCAACCCGGCCGAGACGUCAGGCAAAUACAGCUUGCGACCCGAUCGUCGCGUCGUGUCGCGGUCGCCGCGUGAGCGGGUGUCCGAGUUACAUAAAGUGCCCGCCAGUCGACGCCGGGCGCCGACCGGACAGUGUCGUCUUUACUAACCUCCCAAAAUGUGGCGGAGUUGCGUCACAGUGCUCCUGGCCCUGCAGUGGGCAGCAGCCCACGAGUACCUCCUCCCGGGGGAUGUCCACCCCUCCCACUACGAUUUAAGGGUCACCUACGACAUCGACCCGACCACCAACUUCAGCUUCUUUGGAGUCGUCGAUAUUCUGCUGUCAACCGUCAAACCAACGUCCAAGAUCAUUCUCCAUGCGCAAGACUUCUCCAUCGCCUCCCAGGCUGUGACCCUCACGGGCCAGGACGCCCCGGGGGUCAUGGGGGCAGCUAUCAACGACACCUACAACUUCUUAACUGUCUCCCUGGAUAAGAACCUGGAAGUGGGCCACAAUUACACCCUGACGAUACCGUUCUAUGGCAACCUGAAGACUGGCCUGGAUGGAGUGUACAUUAGCCAAUACGUCAAUAAGAACACCAAAUCGAAAGAGUACCUCAUCACGACCCAGUUCGAAGCGAUCUCCGCUCGCAAGGGCUUCCCGUGUUUCGACGAGCCGAUGUACAAAGCCACCUUCAAGAUCACGUUGGGCCACCACCAGCUCUUCACUGCCGUCUCCAACAUGCCUGUGAAGACCAGCUACGACCAGAACAUCAUCGAAUCAUACUGGCCUUGGCACAUGGUUGGACAAAAGUUCAGGAAGAGCAAGUCCGACUUCGUAUGGGACGAGUUCGACACGUCAGUACCGAUGUCAACCUACCUGGUCGCCUUCGUUGUGUCUAAGUUCGCUCACGUGGAAAGCCCACCCAAUCUUUCCACCACCAAGUUCCGGAUCUGGGCGCGGAGCGAUGCCAUCGACCAGACGGCGUACGCAGCGAAUAUCGGUCCCCGUGUCCUGGACCACUUCGAGAAGUUCUUCAACGUGUCCUUCCCGCUGCCCAAGCAAGACAUGUUUGCGAUCCCGGACUUCGCCGCCGGAGCCAUGGAGAACUGGGGCCUCAUCACAUACAGGGAGACCACGCUGCUGUUUGAUAAGAAACAGUCGUCGUUUGUGAGCAAGGAGAGGGUGGCUGAGGUGAUCGCCCACGAACUAGCCCACCAGUGGUUCGGCAACCUGGUGACCAUGAAGUGGUGGUCCGACCUGUGGCUCAACGAAGGCUUCGCCACCUUCAUGGCGUCGGUCGGCGUGGCAGCGGUAGAACCAACAUGGCGCGCCGACCAGGGAUAUGCUGUGGAGAAUCUCAUUUCCGUGCUGGGACUGGACGCUUUGGAGUCUUCGCACCCUGUGUCAGUCCCGAUCGACGACCCGAAGCGUAUCAAUGAGAUCUUUGAUGAGAUCUCGUACCGCAAGGGAUCCACCCUCAUCCGGAUGAUGACCAUGUUCCUGGGAGAGGAGGUCUUCAGGAAGGCGCUGCACAACUACCUCGUAAAGUACUCCUACCAGAACGCGGCCCAAGACGCGCUCUGGGAAGAACUAACGGCCGCGAGCCGCCAGUACGGAACCCUGGCCCGUGACGUCACCGUUAAAGAAGUUAUGGACACGUGGACCAAGCAGACUGGGUAUCCUGUGCUGACGGUAACCAGGGAUUACAGUGAUAACACGUUGGCUGUUACACAGAAACGCUACCUCAACAUGGGUUCUCGCGGCAGCACCGACUCCUCCUGGUGGGUGCCUCUAAAGGUGCUCUGCCAGUCGGAAGCAUCCUCUCCUACUGGCGACCUUCAAUGGCUGGCCGAUGAUGAGGGCGUGAGCACGCAGCAUCGGUUCGAACACGGCGCCGGGGCGGACGAAUGGGUGCUGUUCAACUAUGAUAUGAUUGCGCCGUACCGCGUGAACUACGACAAGCGCAACUGGCAACUCCUAGUCGGCGCGUUGACUGGUGGAGAUCACCACAAGCUACCAGUCCUGGGCCGCGUGCAACUGCUGUCGGAUGCCUUUGCGUUAGCCUGGAAUAACCAGCUCGACUACAACACUGCUUUACAACUAGCGAGCUACCUCAAGCACGAGACCGAGUACUUGCCUCUGUCCAACGGUCUAAACGUGUUAGCCAAGCUCGAGUCGGUGCUCCGCCGGUCGCCGGACUACGGCGCCUUCCAGAAGUUCGUCCGGCGGCUCAUCACCGACACCUACCGCCAGUCCGGCGGGCUGGCCGCCAAGCAGAUCAUUAAUGGGGACGACCUUAACAGUGUGAAGAUGCAGACGACGCUGAGCUCGUGGGCGUGCCGCAUGAACGUGCCGGGCUGCCAGGAGAACGCGCUGGAAUUAUUCCAGGACUGGAUGAACUCGCCGCGACCCGAUGAGGACAACCCUAUCCCACUGGACCUCCGACGCACAGUGUACUGCGAGGCGAUGGCUCGCGGCGGCGUGCGCGAGUGGCGCUUCGCCCUCGCGCGGGUGCAGCGCUCCAACGUGGCCGCUGCCAGAGACGUACUGCUGCGAGGCCUGGCCUGCACCAGGGAGAUAUGGAUACUGGCGCAGUACCUGGAGUGGGCGAUAACCGAAGGCUCGGAGGUGCGCCGUCAGGACGCGGCGCUGGUCAUCACGUCGAUCACGCGCUCGUCCGUCGGCUACUACCUCGCCAAGGAGUUCAUCUACACGCGCAUACAGGACAUCUACAAGAUUGGCGACACUCGGCCAAUCAGCUUUUGCAGAUUCAGCAGCGACAGUCAAAUGCUCAUAACUUCAAGUUGGUCAGGACUCAGCAAGGUCUGGUCAGUACCGGACUGCACGCCGCUGCAAGUCCUCAAAGGUCACUCUUGCAACGUCAGCAGUGCUGUGUUCCAUCCACAGGCCGCGCUGCCUAACCACUUUAGAGAUAAGAUUAAGAACACCAAAGAAGGCACAUCAGACACGCCUGAAGCGAUGGAAACCGACGAAAAGUCUGCCGCGUGCACCAUGGCCUCCUGCGCCUAUGACGGCACCGUGUAUCUAUGGAACUUCAGUAGCGAGGCCCCGAUGGCGUCCCUAGACGGGCACGGGCCAUCCCGCGUGUCCCGCGCGGAGUUUCACCCGUCGGGACGAUUCCUGGCCACCACAGUGUUUGACCACUCCUGCGAGGCCCCGAUGGCGUCCCUAGAAGGGCACGGGCCAUCCCGCGUGUCCCGCGCGGAGUUCCACCCUUCGGGACGAUUCCUGGCCACCACAGUCGAGGCCCCGAUGGCGUCCCUAGACGGGCACGGGCCAUCCCGCGUGUCCCGCGCGGAGUUCCAUCCUUCGGGACGAUUCCUGGCCACCACAGUGUUUGACCACUCCUGGCGGCCAAGUCACUGA